AUGGGACAGUGGAGUGUUAUUUUCAUCUUGCAAUUACAUUGCUUCACAACAGCUAUAGCCUAUCAAUCGUCAGAAUUUUUUCCUUUUUAUUCUCCAAAUGAUACAAAUAGUUUUAAUGAUAAUGCAGAAUUCAAUUCAUAUCCUUCUGUUAAUCAUUCUAUUUAUCGUCGGCAAACUUCACUUAAUAUUGUCACAUCACAACAAGCACGAUUACGAAUUACACCGUCUUAUCUUAUACUAGGUCCACGUAUAAUUCGACCUGCACAAAUAGUUUCUGUAAGUGUAACAAUAUUACGUAAUGAAUGGAAUUCAAUGAUAGUUAAAGCAUUAAUAUCGAAUGAUGAUAUGGCUAUUGCAGCUGCGGAAGAUUUAGUUAUGGUUAAUGUCCCACAUACAUUAAAAAUGCGUAUAUCAAACAAUAUUCGUAAUGGAACAUAUCGUUUGAUAAUUGAAGGAAAGUUACUAACAGGUGAAAGAAAAUUUUAUAAUAUUUCACAAUUAAUAUUUGAACAAAAAGCUGUAUCAAUUCUUAUUCAACUCGAUCGACCUGUUUAUCGUCAUGAAACUGUUGUACAAUUUCGUUGUAUACCUAUUUAUCCAGAUCUAAGCGGUUAUUUUCAUACGAUUGAUGUAUAUAUUCUUGGUCCAUCGGGACAUAUUUUACGUAAAUGGGAAAAUCAACAAACAACUGCGGGAAUAGUUUCACUUGAAUAUCCAAUCAAUGAUGCGCCACCAGAAGGUGUUUGGUCGAUCAAAUGCCGAGUAAUGGGCUAUGAAGCAAUAAAAACAUUUGAAAUCUAUGAAUUUUAUAAUCGAAAAUUUGAAGUUAAUAUUACUGUUCCAUAUUAUUUACCGAUUGAUACUCCUGGUAUUGGUGGUAUUAUAACAGCAAAUUAUACGACUGGAAUGGGUGUACUUGGUCAUGCUCGAAUUGUUGUUCGAGCACGUAAUAUGUCUAUACCGUUUAAUCCAUAUUUGCAUCCAUUAGCUGACGUUGAAUUAGAUCGAACGACGCCAUCAUAUAGAACUGAAAUUAAUGAUUUUAAUGGCGUCGCUGGAUUUUUUAUUCCUAUAUCUACUAUUCGUGCAUUUUUACCAGAUUUGGAUGGAAAUGAAAUUUUAAUAACAGCUGUUGUACAUGAUCCAUGGUGGAACGAGACAAACAAUGGUACAACGAUAGUUUCGUUCUAUAGACCUGGUGUACGUCUUCAUUUUCUUGGUGGGCCAUCGAUGGUAUUCAAGCCUCGUAUGAUGUUCACUACUUAUGUUGCAGCUGUCAAUGAUGAUGGUACAAAAUAUCCUCCUGGUUCAGGUCGAUAUAUUCGUAUUUAUACAGAUACAGAUCGUGGUCAAGCACAAACUCCAGUAGAUUACAAGAUUGACACAUCGGGUAUAAUUAAACAUAAGUUUUUAACUCCUUCUGAUGCAACAGUAACAUUUAUACGACUUCGAGCGGAAUUAUAUGAUAAAAACAUUAAAGUUCCCAACAGUGAAGAUGAACAACGUGCUAUACGCUAUUUAUCACCAUCAAAUAGUUAUUUACAAGUUACGUCUACUACAGAAACACCGCGCGUUGGUGAUUUUAUGCUAUUUCGUGUGAAUAUAACACAAUACGUUGAUUUUGUUUAUUAUCAUAUAACAUCGGCUGGCAAAUUGAUCUUUACAAAUAUUCUUCCAAUGGAUGGUGCUAAACAAAAAACUUUCGAUGUUGGUAUCAGUCGUCAGAUGGCUCCAUCGGCUCAUCUGCUUGUUUAUUAUGUACGUUACGACGGUGAAAUUGUUGCUGAUAGUAUGAAUUUUCACAUCGAUACUUCAUCGAUUAAAAAUCAAGUUAAUAUAACAAUAAAUCGACGAAAAGAUUUCACGGGAAAUACAAUCGAAGUUUUGGCAUAUGCAUCACCACAGUCCUACGUUGCAUUUGCUGGCCUUGGUCUUGUACAAGCACGAUUAUUUCCACCUGGAAAUCAUAUUAGUCCAGUGAUGAUCCAUGAUGAAUUAUAUUCAUUCGAUCGUCAUUCAACAACCAGCUUUCAACAUACAUGGUAUUCUGAAAUUAAUAUUGCCUCAAAUCGAGUAUUUUUCUCAUCACAAUCAUAUGGUUAUGAUGCUGGUUCAACAUUUAACUCAACAGGUAUGCAAAUCUUCACUGAUGUUAACGUACAAGCUAUACAAACCACUUGUAAUCAAUAUGGUUUAUUUCAAUGUAAUGAUGGUUUAUGUUAUCCAUUGCAAUUGAAAUGUAAUGGCAUUCUUGAUUGCCGUGAUGGUUCAGAUGAAGUUAAUUGUAAUAUAAGUACAACAACAGUAAGUCAAUAUGAUUUUACUCCAUUGUAUCUUCGGUUAUGGCCGUAUUGGGAACGUGAAUUGCAGCUUGAUUUUAUGUGGCAUCAACAAUUUGCUUAUCCAGAUGGUCGUGUACAAUUUCGUACAACUGUACCUAAUGUAAUUGCUACAUGGGUAAUAACAGCACUAGCUGUUAGUCGUUUAACAGGUUUUGGUGUUGUUAAUGUACCAUUUAUAUACGAAGGUACAAGACAAUUUUUUAUUAAAGUUGAAGUUCCACCUAUCGUUCGAUUUGGUGAACAAAUUGGGGCACGUGUUGAUGUUUUUAAUUUUCAAACAUAUCGUAUUGAAGCAUUAAUUAUUUUACAUGCAUCUGAUCAUUAUCGUUUUAUUAAUCUUGAUCGAAAUGGCAUUGUGUCCUCUUAUAGCCCAAAACUAACCGAUGGUGAUCAUCACGUACUUGUUACAUUAUAUCCAAAUGAAGUACGAAGACUUUAUCUUCCAUUUGUACCGAUUGUAGCUGGUAUCACUGGUGUUUCGCGUGAUUUUUUUCGUGAAAUAAUCCAAGUUAAUUAUGAAGGUGUCCGCAAUUACUAUCAUACUCCAACUGUUUUAUCCCUUAAUAAUUUACCAAGACAAGUAAAUGAAUACGAUAUUACUGUUCCACAACAUUUCAUUCUUCCACUAUCAAGCGUUUGGGAUUAUGUUUAUGGUUCAGCUACAUGUGAAAUAUUUAUAUCUGGAGAUGUGGCUGGUCCUUAUUUUCUAUUAGGUUACGAUGAAUGGUUAAAUACGGACAAUUUAAUUCAGCGUACAACUGCACCCAGUGAUGCAGGUGUUUUUGAUUUUGCUAUGAUGAUUUAUAAUCUUCGAUACAUGUUACAAGGUCAUGGCGGUCGUGCAUUUGAUCAAAACAAAUUAUUAACAGUAUUAACCUACGCAAAUAUGGAGUAUCAGCGUUUUAUGGCUAUGUAUAUUGACAAUGAUUCUAAUGAACCAUGGCGAAAAGGUUCAUUUAGUCAAUUUGGGUUUUCAAAUGAAACAUCAGUAUGGAUUACCGCAUGGAUAUUAAUGACAUUAAGUGAUGCUGUUUAUCCAGAAUGGGAAGAAAAAGGUUUAUACAUUGACCCAAAACUUCGCUCAGAUAUUGUUGUAUUUUUGCUAAAUAUUCAGCAAACCAAUGGUUCAUGGGCUGAAUUGACAACAAUUGAAGAUCGAAAUAAAUUUUGUUAUCGCUUGACAAAUAUAAGUGGUACCUAUCAAUUGCUGAAUAUAUCUUUGACGGCACAAGUUGUAAUUGCUUUACAAUCAAAUAUUGACAUACGUGGAGUACCAGCAAAAUUUUUAACAGGUGCGAUUAACCGAGGAAAACAAUGGUUAGAAAAACACUUUCGUUUAAUCGAUGAUGCGUUCGACAUGGCAAUCGUUACGUAUGCAUUACAUAUAACAAAUAGUGCUGAAAAAGAUGUAGCAUUUUCUAUGUUAAAUUUAUUUAAACGAAUGAAUCAGAAUGGGAUUUAUUAUUCAAAUUUAAAUUUACCUGGAAUGACAAAAACAUGGCCAAAUGUUAAUCCUCGAUUUGAACCAAAGCCAGUACCAACCAAUUUUGAAGCUCACGCUGUGUCUGCUACAGCUUUUGUCGUUAUGGUUUAUACACAUAGAGUUAAAGUUAAACACGCUGAACAAUCGGUUCUGUGGCUUCAAUCAAUGCGUAAUUUUAUUGGUGGUUGGUCUGCUACAUAUGAUUCGUGUAUUGCACAACGUGCUAUCGUUGGUUAUGCAGUUUUGCGUGGUUUUGAAAUAACAGCGUAUAAUAUACGUAUUAAUUUAACAUCAUCGUCAUUUCCCGAUGAUGAUAAUAGUCCAGUUUUAAUUGUUGAUGAUAAUAUCAUUGAAACUCAAGUUCGUGAUAUAGAAAAUGUUUGGGGUGUAGUCUAUAUCGAUGGAUUCGGCAACGGCUAUGCACUUAUUCAAGUGCAUGUUGGUGUCAAUGUUGAAUUUGAUCCUCGAGUACGUCGUCCAUCUUACGUUCCAUUUUCAGUUGAUGUUCAACCAUGGUUAUCUGGUCGUAACUUUUCAACAAUUGAUUAUCAUGUAUGUCUCUCUUGGCGGUCGGAAAAUGUUAAUGUAUUGAAAGCCUCGCGUAGUGGUACAGUCAUGAUUGAAAUUCAAAUUCCAACUGGCUAUCGUGUUGAAGAAAAAGAUUUGAAAACAAUGAUACGAAAUCGUAAUACACGUAAUUUACGUGAAGCAGAAAAUUGGCCAGGACAAAUUAAUUUUGGCUUUGAAUAUAUUGAUUUUGAUCCGAUAUGUUUUCAAUUUCAAGCAAAACGAUGGAUUCCGGUUGCCAACAUAUCACGUUACUAUGAAGCACGAGCUUAUGAAUGGUUUGAACCAGCUAAUAUGAAUCGUAGUAUUUAUACAUUACGAAAUUUAUUUGCAUUAGAUAUUUGUGAAUCAUCGUCUUUGCGAAUACCAUAUAUUGGUUCAUGCCGUAAUCGAUAUUUUAUUGAUAAUAAACUAUCGUUACCAUCAUUAGUACUGAAUAAUUAUUGUUUUUCAGCAAUUCCAUCAUCAAAGUCAUUUUUGCUGAAUCAAUCGAAGCAAAACUUCUAUUUAUCGAACGAAGUGAUUACCAAUACUUCAAAAAAGUCAGUUCCAAAAGAAUAUAUUUCUUCUUGGAUUCCAUUGGACGAACAAAGACUAUAUCAAGGGCAGAGAGGAACGAAUUCUUUGUCUCCGUCAUCAUCUUCACGGUUUCUCUCUUCAACUACUGAGAACAUAACGUCUCGAACGUACUACGAUCGUUCUCCUCGUUCUUUCGUCCAAGAACAGCAAAAAACUCUCCAUAAUCAACCAUACGAACAUCAACAUUCCCACGGACAACUCUCAAGUUAUAAGAAUAAAAAUAACCAAUUUUUUCCAUCAGAACAACUCAAAUAUCAAGACGACCGAAAACAAUCAUCAAUUUACGAUUAUCAUAUAAAUCGAAACGAUCGACCACAGGAAAAGAACUCUUUUUUAUUAUCAAGUUCAUUAAAUAAUAGUAUUACAUUAAAACAAAACCAUAGUAAUCAAGCGUGUCUUUUGACAUCAGCAUCGUUUCAUCAUCCUGUCUCAGUUCAUUAUUCUAAAAAAAAUCACGUUAAUAUUUCAACAUUAUUAUCAUCGAAUAACAACAACAACAACAACAACAACAACAAUAAUAAUAAUAAUAAUAAGGAUAAUAUUAAAUCAUUACCUGAUAUAACGAAUACUAUUCCUAAUCAAUCAUCGGUUAAAGAACAUUCUACAUAUUUUCAAAAGAUUUAUGAUUUCGGACAAUUGAAUGAUAUGUCUUCGUUAAAAUAUUCAUCAGACUUAGGCUUGGGUCGAACAACAACAACAACAACACAUUCAUAUGAUCAGCGGAUAACUGAUCAAGGUGAUAAAUAUAUAAUUCAACUAAAAACAGAUGAUUUUCAAGAGAAUGAAUUUACAAUAAUACCAUGUUGUUAUCAAAAUCAAUUAAUUGUUAAUGCUAAGCAUAAUGAAGAGGACAAUAAUGGUGGUUAUAUACGUCGUGAAUUACAUAAAGUAUUUGUAAUUCCAAAACAUAUUGAUUUAAAUAAAUACACAUAUUUAUAUAAUAAAAGUAUUCAAGAAUUAAAAAUUGAAAUGCCUUAUAUAAAACUAACUAAGGAUGAAGUUCAAAAUAAUGUUACAUUUACUUCUCCAAUUCAAAAUACAAAUGAAUCAUUAACAUUUUCCUAUGGAGAUUUUAAAUUAGCCAACGAUGAAACUAUUUCACCACCGAUACAUAAUCAAGUAGAUCAUCAUCAUCAUAAUGUUACUGCAACGAAUACGAAUACUAAAAAUGCAAAGGAAUAUAAUACAGAAAUAAGCAAUUCACCAAUACUGACAAAUACAUCAACUAUUACACCAAUCAAUGAAUCGUGCAUUGACAAUAAAACCCCAUUUGAUUAUGAUUUGUUUCAUCGAUCAGUAUUUCGCCCACAAAUUCUUGAAACGACGGCAAACGGCAAAAGUAACCAUGAAAAAAAAUUACUCAUGUCUUUAGAUUUAGCUGGUUAUCAGCCUGAAGAUAUAAAAGUAUCAGUUCAAAAUCAAGAAUUGAUUGUUAAAGCAGAAAGAAAAGUUGAAACUGAUACACGUAAAUCGCGUACAUCAUUUUUUCAAUCAACUAGUCUACCACCACAAACAGAUAUUGACAAUUUAAAAUCGAAUUAUAUCGAUGGGAAAUUAAUUAUUGAAGCACCAUAUCUCGAAAAAAGAAUUGCAACAUUGCAUAAUCAAGAAAAACAUGGGUGA